AUGAUGAUGUCAUACAAGUUGUUAAUAUACUUAAACUCAUCAUCAUCAAGUCUGUCGUCUUUAGAGCUGAACUUAAUGUCUGUCUUUCUCUCGAAACAUCCCAGUACGACUCGGAGAGUCUCUUGACCGCAUCAGUCCCACCUGCUUGCACAAGAUCACGGGGCACUUUACUUGCUGCUGAGUUUCAGAAUUGUACGGUAUCGAGGUGGCAACUGCUCUACGCACUCCUCCUGUCAUUAGCGCAUCUCCUGCUCUCGAACCAGCAGCUGUGCAAGCCUCUAAAGCCAUGUCUUUACAGUGGAUUUCAGCAUCUGUUGAUGAUCUUGCUCACCGUUUAGAGAAGCUGAAACGUACAUGACAUCCAGACAUAUAUUCCUCGAUCAGCGCCACGCUUUUGCACACUCUACAACAAGCUUUCUCAUCGAAAAACGUGUGAUGCACUCGCUAAUCAUGCCCGGCAACGCGUACUACACCUAUCUCAUGCUGGAGCAAGUGUUUUGGGAAAUUGUCUCGCGCUCUGUCAAGGACAUGUCAGUCUGUCUAGAAUGCAAACUGAAUGCGCCGGCAGAGUUGCUGCCAUGUGCAGCCUACACGAAGGAAGCUCUCCAUGAUUCCAAAGGCAAAAGGAAGGGUACUAACGAGCUCGGAGCGCUGCAUCUGAUCUGCGAAGCGCCUGAUUGUUAUAUCGAUCGACUGUUUACUACCAAUCCGUCGUCAUUCUUGAAGUUGAAGUCGGGGACUGGCGCUUCCCAGCGCGCUACGAUUCCUCAUGGCAACUCAACUUCCCAAACACGCACAGCGCCUCAAAAUACGACCCGUCUUUUUACCAUCGGUAACAUGUGCAUCACCGAGCCAAACAACACAGUUAGCGCCCCCUGGACCCGCCCCUUUAAUGACAACGCGUUUCGAGAUGUUCUCCAAGCUCCAGACAUAAAGUUAUUACCAGAACUGCAACCUCGCCAAUCUACUGUAGAUGCGAUGUCGGGAACGGGAACCUGUUACUUGAAUACUAGGGCACAGCCUCUUCCACGCAAGGAGAAAAUGUGGUCUAAGAAACAGGCGAGGGACUUUGUGUGGGACUAGAAGAAGAGGUGCGAAGGAAACACAAGGGAAAGACUAUGACAGCAAGCAGCCAACAAGAAGAAUAUGUGUGGAUUGGCCCAGGGAGGCGUACGUGUUAUUUGGUCAUCAAUCAUCCAGCUGAUGACUCGACUCGGAUCCAAAUCAUUGGGCGGGAUUUGCACGAUUCGACAUACAACAGUCCAUGAUUUGUCAUGAAUUUUUUUCCGACACAGGGUAUCUGACUGCUUCUAAAAUCAUCGGGGGAUGUCGAUGAGGCCUUGAGGUCUUUGGCU